GCAGCUGGCGAGAUCUCCUGUGGGAACCCGGCGCUUCCCACCCCUUCUCUAUCUCUCCUUCCAUCCUCCUAUCCCACCACAGCACAGCCGGGAGUCUUACCAAGCUUUGUCCCCCUGCAUGCUCUCCCGUUCCCUGGACUGAGCCCUGGCACCAAGAUCCCUGGACCGCCUCAGGCCUGUAAAGGAGCUGUUUUUCCUGGCCCAGUUCCUGGAACUUUCCAGCAUGGUCUCGCACAUGGUAACUCCAUGCUGUGCUCUAGCACGCUUCAUCUUCUGUCUGUCCCUGUUUCCUCUUCUGCUCCUCUUCAUUCUUUUACACCAUGGCUCUUUGGUUUAGAUGGAAGCCAGAUCCACACAGAUGGUCAUAACACUCAGAGAAAACUACAUUAAUAGCCAUUAGAACGAGAUUAAAGACGGCUGAUACAUACAGCAAAUUUUCCACUUUUUGUAAGAUCUUGAAGAUGGAGUUAAUAUGACUGAACAUGGAUAAGAAUUCGAAUUAAAGAAGCAGAUUAUGGCUCGGCAAAGAGACUUUUCAUUUGUAUAUUUUUGAAUCAAAACUCCUUUGAAGUAAAAAUGCCUUUAUCCAUAAUGGACAUAUGGACAAUAAUGGAAGUCUUUUGUUUCUCAGAGUAUUACGAUUAGAACUUGAAUGAUAUGACAAGCCAUGUCACCUCAGUGCAGUCCUAUGCACUUGUAAUGCACUUACUUUAAAAACUUGAAGGCAAAUACUACUUAUCUAUUCAUAGCUUUGCAACUGUCAUGUCUCUCUCUCAGAGGCCGUCUUAUCAGUGAAGAUUCACAAUCCUGACCUAUUUAUGAAAAGUAACUGGAACUAUAGUAAAUUACAUGUGGUGUAGGUUAUCACUAUUAUUUUCAAGUACAUGUGUGCAAUGAAAAGUAAAUGAACUCAUCUGUUUUACCUUAAUCUGUUGUUAAAGGCAGAGACUGCACUUUUUCUUGUUGUUGGACUGGGUAAUGAAUUGAUGCCAGUGGAAUGAUCUCAGGGCUGUUUAAGUACAAUAGCCAAGUUAUGGAGUAAUGCUGCAAAAUAUGUAGAUAUUUGCUUUUGUUUUUGAACUUACUGAAAAUUACUUUGGAAAAAGAAAUUGAAUCAUGAUUCAUUGAAUGGAAAAAUAAAGUGUCCUA